CUGGGAGAGACUGAGAGAGAGACAAAGAAGAAGAGACAGGAAGGGAAUGAGACAGCCGGGGGAAGACAGCUCCACGUGGAACAAUCAGCACUGGUGAUGGAAGGGGCAGUUGUGUAACUAAAGAAGCUGAGAGGAAGAGAGUGCUGAGGACAGACAGACAGCUGCCAUGGACUGGGCUGGGGAGUCUCAGUGAUUCGGAGCUGACCCUCUCUCACACGUGUUUGGUUUUCUUUGUUCUCCUCAUGUGUUUUUAUACUUUUUACUGAGUGUCUCUUUCAGUUUGCGGCUGUCUCUUGCUGGUACCCGUCUGUUUGGGACUGUCACUCUCACUCGCCUUUAAAGUGUCUCACAGUUGCUCUAUGGCCGCCCUCAGUAGCCCCGGCUCCAGCCCCCACACCACCUCCCCGCGGGUGUACUUCCAGUCCCCGGGUGACAGCGCUGAUCAGCCCGAGAGACGGCACCCAGGGAAAGUGACUGUCAAAUAUGACCGCAAGGAGCUGAGGAAGAGACUGCGCCUGGAGGAGUGGAUCCUGGACCAGCUGGUGGGCUUGUAUGACUGCCAGGAGGAAGAGAUCCCAGAACUGGAAAUUGAUGUUGAUGAAUUACUGGAUAUGGAGACUGAUAAAGAGCGAGGGGAGAGAGUGAAGCAACUUCUCACGGAUUGUUACAAACCAACAGAGGCCUUUGUUUCUGGUUUACUGGAAAAAAUUCAGGGGAUGCAGAAGUUGAGCACCCCUCAAAAAAAAUGAGGAUCCCUUCACUUACAACAAGGAGGAGACACUGGGAACUGCCACCCUUAUCUACAGAGAUGCAGUGUCGCUGGCUGUCAGGGUCAUAGGGUCCCCUUUGGAGAAAUGUGUCCACGCCUUUCGUGGGUUCCACACCAAGAUGCACUGCAGGGGACACCUCUUUUUAUAUAAGGAUUUUUUUUUGUAGCAGAUGUCUUUUUUUAAUUAAAUAAAUAUGUAAUAAUGUUGGCAAA